GCUCUGCCGCUCAGAUCACCAUGUACAGCUUCAUGGGCGGCGGCCUCUUCUGUGCCUGGGUGGGGACCAUCCUCCUGGUGGUGGCCACAGCCACAGACCACUGGAUGCAGUACCGGCUGUCGGGGGCCUUCGCGCACCAGGGCCUGUGGCGGUAUUGCCUGGGCCACAAGUGCUACCUGCAGACUGAGAGCAUCGCGUACUGGAAUGCCACCCGGGCCUUCAUGAUCCUGUCCGCCCUGUGUGCCACCUCCGGCAUCAUCACGGGCAUCCUAGCCUUUGCCCAGCAGUCCAGCCUCAGCCGCCUCUCCCGGCCCUUCUCAGCCGGCAUCAUGUUCUUCGCCUCCACCCUGUUCGUCCUGCUGGCCUUGGCCAUCUACACCGGAGUCACCGUCAGCUUCCUCGGCCGCCGCUUCGGGGACUGGCGCUUUUCCUGGUCCUACAUCCUGGGCUGGGUGGCGCUGCUCAUGACCUUCUUCGCAGGCAUCUUCUACAUGUGCGCCUACCGCAUGCACGAGUGCCGGCGCCUGUCCACCCCGCGCUGAGUCGGCCCUGGCAGCCAGAGGGAGGCCGCUGGAGAGGAGGCGUUGGCGCCCUGCGAUCCAGCUCCUGGGGCGUGAGGAGCUCCACGGGCCCCAGCUGCUGUGUCCUGGGGGAAAGGAAGAGAACAGGGC